AUGGGGUGGCAAAUCUCCUACAAAGCCCAAAUCACUUUUGUCAAUAAUGGGGUGGCAAAUCUCCUACAAAGCCUAGUCGACUCAAGAGAAAAACUGGGACCUCCAACAAAAGGGGCCCUAACAAGAAAAGAAGAAGGAAAGGAAUCCGAGGGUGAAGGUGAAGUCAGGCCAGCUAAGGAGGGAGAUGGAAUCUCUCGCUGGCUAAAAUUAUGGGUGUCAGCCCUGUGGUCUGAUGUCGUCUGCCUCUAUGAUCCUCUGGCAAGGCCACCUGCUCCUGCCUCUCCGGGGUUACCCUUCGAGGCUCCGUCUGUAUUGAUCUUCAACGUGCCGACAGGGGGGGUGGUCCAUCUGAUAAUUUGCAUACGAGGGCAUUCUGGCGACGAUGGGGCCGGAAGGAAGGGGAGAGAAGGUGGCUCAAUAGAGGGGCUCGAGAACAGGAGGACUCCUCUAGGAGGGAAGAAUUGGCGAUGA